AGUCGCACUUGCCCUCAGGGAAGGGGCGGGGUGAACGGAAGCCGGGAAGGAGAUUCGUGGUUCGCGGGGUGCGGGCGCGCGUGCGCACUCCGCAGCCCGUUCAGGACAGCGGCGCUGGCAGGGUGCCCACGAGCCGGCGGGUUGGUUGCGCCCCCAUCCUUCUUUCCCUGGGACCUGGGGUCGCGGUUACUUGGGCUGGCCGGCGAACCCUUCAGUGACCUGGCGAGGAGCGGGCCUCGCGCGCCUGGAAGGCUCUGUGGAGCGAAGAGAACAGCGGCUUACUCUGUUUACCAGGCUAGAGUGCAGUGGCGCGAUCCCGGCUCACUGUAGCCUCGAACUCCCGAUCUCAAGCGAUCCUCCCGCCUCGGCCCGGGGCACACAGCAUGGCAGAAAACCGUGAGCCCCGAGGUACCGUGGAGGCUGAACUGGAUCCGGUGGAGUACACCCUUAGGAAAAGGCUUCCCAACCGCCUUCCCCGGAGGCCCAAUGACAUUUAUGUCAACAUGAAGACUGACUUUAAGGCCCAGCUGGCACGCUGCCAGAAGCUGCUGGACGGAGGGGCCCGGGGUCAGAACGCGUGCUCUGAGAUCUACAUUCACGGCUUGGGCCUGGCCAUCAACCGCGCCAUCAACAUCGCGCUGCAGCUGCAGGCGGGCAGCUUCGGGUCCUUGCAGGUGGCUGCCAAUACCUCCACCGUGGAGCUUGUUGAUGAGCUGGAGCCGGAGACUGAUACACGGGAGCCACUGACUCGGAUCCGCAACAACUCAGCCAUCCACAUCCGAGUCUUCAGGGUCACACCCAAGUAGUUGAAAAGACACUCUUGGCCGGGCGCGGUGGCUCACGCCUGUAAUCCCAGCACUUUGGGAGGCCGAGGCGGGCGGAUCACAAGGUCAGGAGAUCGAGACCACGGUGAAACCCCGUCUCUACUAAAAAUACAAAAAAUUAGCCGGGCGCGGUUGUGGGCGCCUGUAGUCCCAGCUACUCGGGAGGCUGAGGCAGGAGAAUGGCGUGAACCCGGGAGGCGGAGCUUGCAGUGAGCUGAGAUCCGGCCACUGCACUCCAGCCUGGGCAACAGAGCGUGACUCCGUCUCAAAAAAAAAAAAAAAAGACACUCUUCCACUUAUCCCCUCCAUGAUGUGGCUGUUCGCAUGCCGAGUACUGGACCUUGGACCAGAGCCAUGUAAGAAAAGGCCUGUUCCCUGGAAGCCCAAAGUACUCUGCAUUGAGGGGGGUGCUAAUUGUUUCUUGGUGAGCCCAGUUAGUGGGUCUUCCUGAGUGUGUGUGUGUGUGUGUGUGUGAUCUGUAACUAUUGCCAUAUAAAUAAAAAAUCCUGUUGUACUAGUGUCUUGCCACCUCCA